UUGAUCGUUUAAAAUUUUAGUUUUUAAGUUCUUCUGAACAAACCUCUAAUUUAUAUUUAUUAUCCAAACCAUCCAUUGUGUAAAUAUAGUAUCUGAUCAAAAAUAAUGCGAUAUGGAAGUUCAAUAUAUUCCUGAUGAAGAAAAAUUGUUCCUGGCAUCCUUGUUCGGAGGAGGGACUGCCGGCUUUUUCGUUGACAUGGCGCUGUUUCCAUUGGACACUCUAAAAACACGAUUACAAUCACCUCAGGGUUUCAAAAAAGCUGGAGGUUUUAGAGGUAUUUACAAGGGCGUUGGACCUCAAGCUAUAGGAAGCUCGCCGCAAGCGGCUUCAUUCUUUUUAACAUACGAAGCAUUAAAGUUUUAUAUUGAACCAUACACUAGUAAAUCUUUAGCUCCUUGUAUGUACAUGGCAAGUGCCGGAGUAGCAGAAAUCGUGGCUUGUAUGGUGCGCGUACCAGUUGAAAUAGUAAAACAGAGGCGUCAAACUUCUCAUCAUCCAUCACAUAAAAUAUUUCGGGCAGCCCUGAAUGAAGGCAUUCGGGAUUUUAACAGACAGCGAAAGAAUGGAAGAUCCAUUUUGUCACUUCUUUUAGAUGGUCAGCACCAUUUUUCGGGGUUAUAUAGAGGUUUUGGAACAACAGUUUUGAGAGACAUGCCAUUUUCUGUUAUACAAUUUCCUAUAUUGGAAUAUAUUUCUGAAGAAUAUAGAAGAAGAUUUAAAAAUGGGAUUCCUUUAGAAAGUUGGGAAUAUGCUGCGGCUGGAUCGAUUGCAGGGGGAAGUUCAGCCGCUUUAACAACACCUUUGGAUGUAGUAAAAACGCGAAUUAUGUUGGCUGAUAAAAAAGUAAUACCUGCUACAGACUUAGGGCCCUGGAACAUGAUGAAAAGAAUUUAUAAUGCAGAAGGGAUCAAAGGGCUGUAUUCUGGUUUUGCUCCUAGAGUUAUUUGGAUCACAGUUGGAGGCUAUAUUUUCUUUGGUAGUUAUGAUUUUUCAAAACAUUUCUUUGUUAAACACAUUUUAGGCUAGUAGAAAUUUGUUGUCAUGCUAAAUUAGACAGAUAUAUUGUUAUGUUUGAUUAUAAUUGUAAUAUUAUUAGGAGAAACUGAAAAGGAAUGUAUUAUAAAAUUAAAUCAUCUCCAGAUUAACAAAUCUGAA